AUGCCGGAGAAGGGAACUGAGCUCGCACAGUUAGUACCACCCUCCGUGGACGCCACUUCAUCUUUCUCCAAUAACGGACCAAGGGACGGCAGCGACGACGCCCGCAUCCUCCGACUCUCGGAAAUCAUUGUCACCGAAAUGCGUGCUGCCGCCCUACCUCUCCCACCGGCACCACAGACGAUCUACCGUGUUCCGGAGCUACUCCUCGCCGCCGACAAGGGCGCGUACCAGCCGACGUUCAUGCCCCUCGGACCAUACCACCGCGGCGACUCCGACUCUGCCACGGAAGACAUGAGGCGCAGCCAAGCGGGCAAGCCACCGAACAUGGCCUUGGCCAUGGAAAUGGCCGGCGGUGGGCGGCCGGUGGCGGAAUUCAUCGAGGCCAUCGCGUCCAUGGAGUCGGAGGCCAGGAGCUGCUACGACGGCGACGUCGCCAUGGGAUGGGACGCCUUCUGCAUGAUGCUUUUGUUCGACGGCUUCCAGCUCAUCACAUUGCUCGGCUUUCUCGGCGUCUCCAAUGGCGAUGAGCCAACGGAAAAAACAGGCGGAGGCGACGCUGCUGGCGGCCCAACACCCAAGACAGGUCAUGUGACCAGUCUCCAACAUGACUUGAUGAUGCUGGAGAACCAGAUACCGUUCUUCGUCGUCCGGAAGAUGUACGCCUUGCUUCAUGCCGAUGCCGGAAGUGGCCCCAUUGUGAAGCUAGCGUGGGGAACCAUCAGCAAUAUCAUGGGUGGCCUCUGGCCGGCCUCAAAUCCUCCACCGCCAGAGUUCCAGCAUUUGGUGCAUCUCUGCCAUAUUUACCUCAAGCCAAGCAACCUCCAGGAGUCGCUAGGCCCAUGCGGCGACUAUGGAGGAAGAUUCCGACGUGCCACCGAGUAUUACGAAGCCGGCGUCAAGUUCAGGCGGCUUCACAAUGAACAAGCCCCCUUGCUGGACGUGAGCUUUCUGAACGGGGUGCUGAGGAUGGCUCGCCACAGGUUCGACGAGAAUACCAACUACAUCCUCCGCAACGUCCUCGCGUACGAGCAGAGCUACAUCCGGACGGCGACGAGCGGCUACGUGACGGCGUACGUGGUGUUCAUGUCGCAGCUCCUGGGCAGCCCCGAGGACGUGGCCCUGCUGUCGCGGCGCGGGGUCAUCGAGCACCACCUGGGCAACGACGCCGAGGUGUGCGACCUGUUCCGUCGCCUGGCGGAGGGGCUCGUCUUCGACCCGUCCAGCGAGCACUAUCUCAACGCCGUCGGGGUGAAGCUGGGGGAGCACUGCCGGUCCCGGCUCAACCGGUGGGGCGCCUGGGUCCUCAGGCACCGCCUUGCCAACCCCUGGCUCGCCGUCGCGUGGCUCUUCGGCGCCAUGGCCGUGCUGGGCACCAUCAUUCAGACCAUCAUUGCUGUCCUCGAAUAUGCCCAGCGCUAG